AUGGGUGCGAAGGAGGGAGGGGAAAGAGAGAGAGAGACCCUGACUGGCAAGACCAUCAACCUUGAGGUUGAGCCCAGUGACACCAUUGAGACUGUCAAAGCUAAAAUCCAAGACAAGGAAGGCAUCCUACCUGAACCACAGUGUCAGAUUUCUGUGGGCAAACAGCUAGAGGAUGGCCACACUCUCUCAGACUGCAACAUUCAGAAAGUGUCCACCCUGCACUUGGUGCUUCGUCUGAGGGGUGGUAUCAUCAAACCCUCCCUCCACCAGCUUGCCCAGAAGUACAACUGUGAUAAGAUGAUCUGUCACAAGGGUCACUCCCACCUGCAUCCACGUACUGUCAACUGCCACAAGAAGAAGUGUGACCAUACCAACAACCUGUGCCCUCAGAAGGAGGUCAAAUAA